AAGCACAUUCUAGUGAACACCACCAUGAUAUGUCGCCCUCUAAAGUCAGAAACCAAAACAAAUCAAAAAGGACUGACAACUUCGAUGAUGCAUUGGUUUCCAAUCUUAGAAAGGUUUUGAGUGGCAACAGUAAUGGAUUUUGGGCAAACAAGUUACAUUAUGCCUAUCGUAAACUAACUGGUGAGGAUCUUCCAUUGUCCAAGUAUGGAUUUUUCAACGUGAUUGAUUUAGUUUCUGCAAUGCCAGAUGUGAUAACCAUUGAGAGACCAAAGCCAAAUGGUGAUUGGCUGCUUUUUGAUGCUCGUUUACGUAUUUCAGAACUAAAGCCGCAAAAAGCAAGGAAGAGCUCUACAAAAGAAAAAGGAUCUGUUGAAGUGAAGUCUGAAAAACCAAAACUAACUUUAGAUCAACUGAAGGUAAAAAUACGAGAAGUUCUUGAACAGCGACCAGGAAUUGUUGUACAGCAGCUUGAAAAUGCAUAUGAAGAGAUAUUUGAUGAGGAAUUACCACUACAAGAUCAUGGCUUUAUGGAUGUUGACACUUUGGUGGUUAUGAUCCCAGAUGCACUUAAAGUGGUCUAUAAAGGAAGAGGUCGACUUCACUUGUACCCGUCCAAGAAUGAAUCUCUAGGCAGCCUACCUGAGGUAUUUAAACCAUCAUACAGUAAAGUACCAAGUGAUGCAAUUGGCAGUGGUGUUUCCUACAAAUUCAAUGAUUUACCUCCACUGCAAGAAUACAUAGAAGUCUAUGUGUCCAACGUGGUGUCGCCUUACAACUUGACCCUGCAAUUGAAGACCGAUGAACUUCUGCAACUGGAGGACGUUAUGGAUGAACUUGAGGAAGUGUACUGUUCAAAUUUUGGCGAAAAGUACAAAAUGGUUGAAUCCAUGAUUGCAAUCAAUCAAGUAUGUGCUGCCCUCUACCAGCAAGAUGGAAACUGGCAUCGUGCAAUUAUUACAGGCAUUACAAAUAUAGAUUUUGUAGAGGUUUUGUAUGUAGAUUAUGGAACAACAGCCUGUGUACCAAAAGGCCUUUUACGAUUCUUAAGAUCAUCUAUGUUUCAUCUACCUGUACAGAGUGUUAAUGCAAGACUGUCAUUCAUCCAGCCAGUAGAGGAUAAAUGGACCAAGGCUGUACAAGACAGAAUUCUUCAACUUUGUACAGAUAAAGCUUUAGUUGCCUUAGUAACCAGCAUAGAGGGAAAAGUGCUGUCUGUCUGCUUAACAGACACCAGUACCGAUGAAGACGUGCACAUCAACGAUUUGCUUGUGAGCGAGAAUCUUGCCAAGUUCACAACAUCAACGAUAAAUGUCAAACCAUAUUCAGAGUACAGCCUUGUGACAGGGUAUGGUCUUGAUAUACCGACCUUGGUAUAUGAUAGUAAUUCAUAUGGUGGUUCUGCAAUCCCAGAAUGUAAAGAAGUACCAGUGGCUGAUGAACAGAAGGAGGAAUUUAAGCCUAACACAUCAACACCUCCUAGGACCCCUCCUAGGAUAACCUUGCCUAGGCCAGCCCCCAUUGAUGCACAGUUCAACCGGUUGAGUAUUGACGUACCGGUGAUUGAAAGUGGUCUCUAUGCAAAGUCAGCUAGAGAGGAGGCUAGAGAGGAGGUAUUGACCUGUGCAGUACCUGACGAGGAACUUGAGGAGUUGGUUGAUGAGGAGCUGAUGGAGCAAAUGAAUCGUGAGAUGGGUGGAGAUUUUGAUGAUCUUGAGUCUUGUAGAUAUAUUAUGUACCUUGAUCUUGGAAAUGAUCGUACCAUUCAUCUGAUAAAUCAUGAUGGCAUUGCAUACCUACCAAGCGCCAACUUAAGAACAUUAAUUGAUGUGGACGCCGUCAGUCAAGUUAUGCAAAUUAAGCAACUUGGUAUCCAAUCAGUGUCGCUUUCUAGAGAAGAAAAUCCAGAUCUAUUUGCCGAGUUAGAUGAGUACGAAGUAACUCGAGGGCCAGCAGCAGAAGGCCAGACUGAUUCCAGUCCCUAUAUCACCUUGUAUCCCCUUGAAAGAAUUCCAAGCUUGGUGGCAGUAUUUGAGGGUGAAUCAUCAGAUCUGUCAUCCAUAUUGACACAAGUGUUUGAGCAGUUUGACCCACAGAACCCAUACUGGAGGGGAGAAAUAUCACCUGCCGAAACCAAGAAUGAAAGUGAGAGUGAUGAUUUGGACUUGUUAAAACUCAUGUUGCAAGUUUGGGAGAGAAAACGGCAGAGAAUUCUUGUUGCUAUGAUGGAGGAUGCAGGAAAUGUGAUGGUGGAUGAACUUUCAGAUAUUGAGCUUCAGAUAUCGGCUAUUAAGACCAAGAUCAAGGAAAUGCAGAUUGAAGCAGAAGAGAUUGAAAGAGGUGUAGUUGGUGAUCUGGUAUCCCAGGGGCAUACGUCAACCACUUCACGCCACUCAGUUCCAACUGACGACCAUAGCUCUUAUCCAGAUGCUGGAUGUACUGAAAAGGACGCUGAGGAUAUUUUGAUAUCAAAACCAAGCCCAGUUUCAGUGAAAAGUGGGAAAAGUACUGGUGUAGGUGAAACCACCAAGAAGAUGAAUGUUGUUGAACCUUUCAAGCCCUCUUUAGACAGGAGUUUGAUAUCUGAUAGUCAGACAAAUACCCACAAUGCACCUGUUGAUUCCUUAAAACAGUCAGAAAUAGUCAACAAUUUGGAAUCAUUUUCUCAUAAUGGGACUACGUAUUACCAUUCUCUUCCACAACAUCAAUCCAAUCUUCAGACAAAUCAGUCAAAUCUGAUCCCCCAGUCCAAUCAGAUUUCUCAAUCAUACAUGCAAAACUUCAGACCCAGUCUUCCUCCGCCCCAAGCAAAUGUGCUACAACCACGGACAAAUAUGUUACCAGCCCCACCUGGGUUGCCACAAGUACCCGCAGGAGUACCUAACCACCAACUUCCCCCACAAAACAUGCAAAUGCCACGGCCGAAUAUGCAACCACAACUCAACAUGCAGUUUGUGCCUCCAAAUAUGCAUCAGAACUUUCAACCUGGUCAGCCUCGGAACUCACAAACCUACUUGCAACAGCCACCGGUGCAUAUGCAACCUCAGUUCCAGCAACCCAUGCCUCAGCCUAUGCCACAAUUCAAUCAACCUAUGGCUAACCAGCCUAACUCUAUGCAUCAAAAUGUUGCCAGGUUUUCCACUGGACAGUAUUACGUUAACCAAGGCAGCUAUAAUUAUGGUGGUGCAUACAUGGGCCAUCCCACAUCAAGCUCCCAGUCGAGUGUGCCAUUCACAGGGCAGUCUGCUGCUGGAGUUCGGCAGAUUUAUGGUGGUUACUGGUCUACGCAACACUGAAGUCGGCUGUGUUCUGAAAAACUCUUAAUCAUAAUUAGUUUUAUAAACUUCAUAAUACUGUAUAUGUUACUUUAGUCAAUAUCAUGUUUUAAAGCAAAUUGCAAAAUUGUGGCUAAACUGUUGUUUGGGCAUGGAGUGUUAUUUUCCUCAAUUUUUUGAAGUGAUGACUUCCUCAUGGUUUAGGAUAUAGCAUCAACAAAGUUCAUUAUUCUAAACCAUUGCAAAGGCAAACUGGGAAUUAAACAGUUGUGGGAAAACAGUUAAAAUGUUUAAAGAAUAAUAAUUUCUAAGAUAUGUGAAUUAAGUGUACUUGAUGUUAGCAGUUAACAAAGGCUGAAUGCAAAAUUGAUUUAGUUUUUGCUCCUGAUUUCAGCAUUAGUAUAAAAUACUUGAACGUUAAUUCAUUACCAGUGAGUUUAAACAUAUUCAGUCAUAAUCAAGUUUUUCAGAUGUAUUUUACAGACAAUAUUUUUAUUUUAAAAUGUUAAUCUUUUUGUUUAAACUAUUAAUCUGAAAGCUACUUUAUCUAAUAUGGAAGUUUAAGUGAUGGUGAGUGGAUGUUGAUUCCACAUUAUUGAGUCUGAAAGUGAUGUUGCUAGGACUAUUAGAUUCUAGUUUUUUUUUUUGGGUAACUUGACAAAUACGCCGUGACAGUGUCAUUGAGAUUCCAGGUGUUAAUAAUAAUUACUAUGCCCGUAAGUAUGAAAGCAAUGCCAGUUGUUUGUGGGAGUGUGAUUUGUUCGUGAAUGUGCUCAAGAUCAUGUUGGUGUGUUUGAUGAAAGCGUGUAAGAAAAAUAAAGUAUUUUUGUUAAGAUAUUGAUUUAAAAAAGAAAUUGUAUGUCCUCCAUAUUUUAAUUAUAUUUUGUAACGAACCUGUAAAGAAUGCUUUAAUCAGUCAUUUAGUUAUUACUUUUAUAUUAGUUUUUUUGUUGUAAAUAAAGUUUUUUUUAAAUUAAAAGUAAAGAAUUGUUUUAAAUA